AUGAGAAAUUCCAAAUUUCACAAUCGACUGCGUAAAGGAGAUUCGAUCGGUCAUGGCCAUUUUAGUGAUGUGUAUAAGGGAGAACUUUGGCCAUUAAAUCCAUUGUUCCGAGCGAAAAGAGUUGCAAUAAAAUCGGUCAAGAGCUGCAACGAAACUGACUCAAAACUAACGGGAACGACUGAACUAUUGAAGGAAAUAAAUAUUGUAAAACGUUUGCCCAAACAUCCUAAUGUGGUUCGUUUUAUUGGGGCAGUCACUAAGAACCCUCUCGAAGGCGAAAUAAAGAUCGUUUACGAGUUUUGCCCAUACGGUGAUCUCAAAAGUUUUUUGAAGAAAAAUAGACAAUCUGCGGUCGAUCAGAAGCAGACAACAUCGAGCCAAUGUGGGUCAAAGGCUAAUGCAACAGGAGUCUAUGGAGCUAAAGCUGAACGAAUUGAUGAAGAAGAUGACGUGUCAAAAAUACGAUCUUUGAUCAGCGAAGGAAUGAAUAUGAGUAAUAAAAUUGAUAAUGGACAAACUGCAAUGCAUAUAGCCGCUGAAGAGGGCAACAUCGGUAUGAUAAAAUUAUUGCUUGAUGAUGGUGUGAGCCCGAACAUUGUAGAUGGUCAUUUUUCCACACCGUUUCACGUUACAGCACAGACAGGACGUGAGGAUAUAGCUCAAAUCCUCAUUGAAAGCGGUGCCAAAAUCAAUGCUCGGAACAUACAAGCGUGGACGCCAUUGCACUAUGCAGCUUUGUGGGGACACGCAAAGUUCAUUGAACUACUUAUGUCAUGUGGCGCUGAUGUAGAUGUUUAUGAUUUGAAUGGAUGUACACCACUCCACAUUGCAGCUUUGAAUGGUAAGGUGGAUGCCGUCCAGCGUCUCAUUGAAUUUGGUGCUUACAUCUUUGCCAAUGAUAACAAAGGGUUAACGCCAUAUGACUAUGCAAGAUUGAGUACUAAAUUAUUGGUUUUAGUACUGCUGUUUGGUUUUAUGACUGCAUCUCUGCUGGUUGUAUUCAAUCAAAUUUAUACCUCACUUCAGUUUUACAAUCGACUGCGUAAAGGAGAUUCGAUCGGUCAUGGCCAUUUUAGUGAUGUAUAUAAGGGAGAACUUUUGCCAAUAAUUCCAUGUUUCAAAACGAAAAGAGUUGCAAUAAAAUCGGUCAAGAACUGCAAUGAAACUGACUCAAAACUAACGGGAACAACUGAACUAUUGGCAGAGAUAAAUAUUGUAAAACGUUUGCCCAAACAUCCUAAUGUGGUUCGUUUUAUUGGGGCAGUCACUAAGAACCCUCUCGAAGGCGAAAUAAAGAUCGUUUACGAGUUUUGCCCAUACGGUGAUCUCAAAAGUUUUUUGAAGAAAAAUAGACAAUCUGCGGUCGAUCAGAAGCAGACAACAUCGAGCCAAUGUGGGUCAAAGGCUAAUGCAACAGGAAUCUAUGGAGCUAAAGCUGAACGAAUUGAUGAAGAAGAAGGUUCACCUCUAACACCCACCUAUCCAUUUACAACAACGGAUCUACUCAAUUGGUCCGCCCAAGUGGCAAAAGGAUUACAGUUUUUGGCUUCAAAUGAUCCUUCUAUCAUACACCGUGAUCUAGCUGCUCGAAAUAUCUUACUUUGUGAAAAUAAAGUGGUGAAAAUUGGUGAUUUCGGUCUGUCACGGAGACUGAACGGGAGUUAUGUUUAUGUAAAAACAUCAUGGGCUCCAGACCCACUCCGAUGGAUGGCCAUUGAAUCACUGCCAGACGAAGAUGAACCGAAAUUCAGCGUAAAAUCGGAUGUUUGGUCGUUUGGUGUUGUACUUUGGGAGUUGUUUUCAGAAGGAGACGAUCCAUAUUACAUCUCGAAAGAAGACCUGUCAGAAGGCGUCCGAUUGAAAAGACCAAAAAAAGCUACGAAAGAAAUGUAUGAUCUUAUGAUGUCUUGUUGGGAGGAAAAUCCAGAGGAUCGUCCAUCGUUUGAUAAGUUAGAGGAAAUGCUUUCGCAAAUUUAUCUGAAUGCUUUGAAUGGUGAUGGAGACAAUGAUAAGGAUAAAAAUGAAGACAUCCUAAGGAGUGUGAGAGUAGAUGAUCUGAAGUUCAAUGAUAGAGCAAGCCUGAUUUCAGAUGCAACAGAGGAUGAUUCGCCUUCAUAGUCAGUACCAAAAGCUUUUUUUGCUUCCAUUGCACGCUUGUACGGAUUUUCGAUGUAAGGCUAAGCAAAGCAUUUUAGUUUUUUGAGCCGUGAUAAUAGUAAAAGUGUAGUUCUCUCUUUGCGUUCGAUGGAUUCAAGUUCUCUCUUUUCAGUGAACAUACAUAUAUUCACAUUUCACUUUUGAAAACAUUUCGCUAUUAUUCUAAAUGUUUCGUAUGAAGACUUUGGAUGAAGAGGGGAAUGUGCAAAAGUUUGUGAAAUAUUGAAUUUUUCAUUUAAAU